AUGGAGCAAAGAUUGGUAGUGCUGGUGCUUGCGAUAGCGUCGUUGUACGCCUGCCCGGCGGCACCAGCGUUCGUGGGGGACGACGACGUCCGCGUCGCGCUAAAGCAUGUCGACGCAGGGAAGCAGCUGUCCAGGCCCGAGCUGAUCCGGCGCGCCAUGCAGCGGAGCAAGGCGAGGGCGGUCGCGCUCUCCGCGGUGAGGAACCGCGCCAGCGCCCGCUUCUCUGGCAAGAACAACGAGCAGCAGCAAACGCCGCCUACCGGCGUGCCGGUGCGCCCGUCGGGGGACCUCGAGUACGUCGUCGACCUCGCCAUCGGCACGCCGCCGCAGCCCGUCUCGGUGCUGCUCGACACCGGCAGCGACCUCAUCUGGACGCAGUGCGCGCCCUGCGAGAGGCCCGACACGUGCACCUACCGCUACAACUACGGCGACGGCACGAUGACCAUGGGCGUGUACGCCACGGAGCGCUUCACCUUCACGUCGUCGGACGGCGACAGGCUCAUGACCGUCCCGCUCGGUUUCGGGUGCGGCUCCAUGAACGUCGGCAGCCUGAACAACGGCUCCGGCAUCGUGGGCUUCGGCCGGAACCCGCUCUCGCUGGUGUCACAGCUCUCCAUCCGCCGCUUCUCCUACUGCCUCACGUCCUACGCCAGCGGCAGGAAGAGCACCCUCCUGUUCGGGUCCCUGUCCGGUGGAGUCUACGGCGACGCCACCGGCCCCGUGCAGACCACGCCGCUCCUCCAGAGCCUCCACUACCCGACCUUCUACUACGUCCACCUCACGGGCCUGAGCGUCGGCGCCAGGCGGCUGCGGAUACCGGAGUCGGCGUUCGCGCUCCGGCCCGAUGGCUCGGGCGGCGUGAUCGUCGACUCCGGCACUGCACUCACGCUGCUACCGGGUGCGGUGCUCACGGAGGUGGUGCGGGCGUUCCGCCAGCAGCUGAGGCUGCCGUUCGCGAACGGCGGCAACCCCGAAGACGGCGUGUGCUUCCUGGUGCCAGCGGCCUGGCGGCGCUCGUCGACGACGUCACAGGUGCCGGUCCCAAGGAUGGUGUUCCACUUCCAGGGCGCGGACCUCGACCUGCCGCGGCGAAACUACGUCCUGGACGACCACAGGAGGGGCCGCCUGUGCCUCCUCCUGGCGGACUCCGGCGAUGAUGGCUCGACGAUUGGCAACCUGAUGCAGCAGGACAUGCGCGUGCUCUACGAUUUGGAGGCAGAAACCUUGUCGUUCGCUCCGGCACAAUGCUGA